AUGACCUCAAUAUUGGCAUAUGUGAACUGGAAAUGGUGCAUUGGAAAAUUUGUAUCACAUCACCAUUCCCCUCUCUAUAGAUACAAAGAGUGCCCUACGCCCGAGAACUACUCUGGACAACAAACAAUCCAAGCUUUCAAACUUGACUAUGAUCGAGUUUCCAAGGCAAUAAGCUUGGAGCAUCAACAAGUGACAGAUGGCAUAGGUGUGGAAUUCUCCACCGGCAGUUUACCUCCAGAGGCGAAAUCUGUUGAAAUAAUUGGAUGGCACUUCUGUCACAAAGACCUAGUCAACUUUGACUGGGGAAAUCUCAAACCAGGAAUAGAGACGGAGGGCCAACUUGGGCUAGAAAAGAAAGAGAAAUUUCGAUGGGUCAGGGAAAAAGAAGGCCACAUCGGCGGAAUCAAUCGGCUAUGGGUCAUACGCGGGUAUUUCAUCGGGCGUGACGAGAAUAACGCUCCGCCAUGCAUCACGGUUCUAUGCGCAUAUGAAGACGUGGCGCGAUUCUUGGUCGACUUUAUUCACUCCAGACUGCAUCUGCACGAAGGGUGGGGUGCUACCAUGUUACCCGGAGUGAAGGUGUUAAAGUUCACGUCUGUUCCUGGAAGCAACGAUAACUCUGACAACUUGGAUAAUGGUGACAGCCCUAACAUUUCUGAUCGAGACCUCCUUGAUAAAGAAGCGGAGACGAAUCUAAUAAGGAUUGAUAUUGGGUCCCAGGACAAUCAGUCUAUGCCAGCCAUGACAAACGGAAAUCUCUCUUCCUGGGCGCAGAAGCUGCAUCGAUGCGGAAUCCAUGUCGAAAUCGUGAGAGAAUCAGAAGUCAUCGCAAAGGCAACCAUUGGAGGUCUCAUCGUAGUUAGAGAUGAAGUAUAUGGCUUGACAGUCGGUCAUCUGUUUUCACCAUCGGCUACGGACGGCGGAGAGCGGCAGAGUCUGUCCACUGAGACACGUGCUACUAUGAGAGCAUGGCAGGAAGGACAAAAUUGUGGCAUGAAGCUUGACUGGGCGCUGGUAAAGGUACCAGGGCUCCAGAAACAGAUUGUUGAGUCAUGGAUGGAUGUGAACUUGGUGCGGACGGUGAGUGGCGAAUUCCGCCCGGUUCUUAUUGCCUUGGCGGAGCCAGAUCCCUAUACUCAUGUAGUCAUCGCCACUCCUGGGUCGACACGUUGUCUCCGAGGUGUCUUUGUUGACCCCGACGCUAUUGUCAACAUCCCGGAAUCGCCAACCCCCUAUGCUACGUGGGUCUGCAGGAUGGAGCUUCCGUGGCUAAUACAACCUGGAGAUAGCGGGUCCUGGGUUUUCAAUGCCGAAAAUGGCAUGCUGCUGGGAGUUUUAGUGGCCGGUUGCCCUGAACUGCAAGAGGCGUACAUCAUUCCCGCCUACGAAAUUAUCGACGACAUAAAUCGACAUUACCAUGAGGGCCCACACGACAUACAUGACCUACAUGACCUACAUGACCUACAUGACCUACAUGACCUACAUGACCUACAUGACCUACAUGACCUACACGACCUAGACGUACAUAACGUACGCGACCUAGACGUACAUGACCUACACGACCUAGACGUACAUGACCUACACGACCUAGACGUGCAUGGCGUACACGACCUAGACGUACAUGACCUACACUACCUAUCCUACCUGGACAACUUAUAUCUGUCUGUUCAUCUUCCAAAUUGUCAUCGUUUGCCGAGAAUAGAACAGAUUCAGUUGCAUCGGCAGAUCAAUGAAUACGGAAAUAUAGUGAAGAGUUUCGAGAACCCCGAAUCUUUGAAAAAGCUACUCGACAUCAAUAGUCGCAUAAAAGAGUGGGUUAAUAAAGCCAAAGCCAUUAACGAUAUUCCUUCAUCGUCAUACAGUUUACGAGAGGAAAUGUCGCCAUGGAAAUCUGCUCUUUCAGUUCUGGAAUACCGGCUCUUAAGGGAGGAAGCAAAUGUUGGUUCUAAAGGACCAACAACUGACGGCUUUGAGGGUUUGCUUAAAAUCGCAAUUCAGCAACCUCCGUUACGAUGUUACAACUUCGUCAACGAGACGAUCUUGGCCCAUCAUAAUUCGCAGGAUAUCUAUUUUCUGACACGUUUGUGGCGAUGUUUAAUGCUGUGCCUCAACAGCUACUCUCUCAACGAUAAUGAUAUCCCUAUGGCCACCAAGUCUUCAUAUGACCACAUGGUGGAAAGAGAGAUCAGGCUGAUGACGUUUAGGAGGUCUAAUGGCUGUCCCGGACGUCGGUCCCCAUGGGACAACUUUUCCAUCACAAGGUUGAAUGGCAUAUCUGGUGGCAUCUUUCCAUGGCAAGGUCAUGCCUACAAACAUGAUUUUCCUCAGCGGACUCCAAUCGACCUUGGUCGAAGCCACCCGUAUAGUAAAAUGGCGGUGGGAAGAACUAGCUUACCUGCAUGGGACAGGCUUACUGCCAAGGGAGUUCUUGACAGAUUAGAAAGAGAUCUUGAAAAAUUGAUCACCAUCAAUCAGGAAGGUGUUGAAUUUAGUCUGCCAGAGACAAGAAUGAGUGGUUUGCCCUUUAUUGUUAAGGGACUCUCAACUGACAGUAACGUCGUUCUUUUCGCCCUUAAAUUAACCGAUAGGAGCAACAGGUUUCUAGUGACUCUUCCGCCGCCCUCUGUCGGUCCAAGUACAUCUACCCAGUCUUGGCCAUCUGCACGAGACUAUCCGAGUUAUGCCAUGAGCGAUUACCAUAUUGAAUUUUCAACUUGGAGGCUUCCGUUUAUUCUCCUAAAUGAAGAAUUUGUUACUGAGGAAUCUAUAAAUGAAGUUAUAGACAUGGUGCUAUUAUCGCAGAUUAAGAUGGACGAUAGGACUAUUAAACAUCCAAGGAGGCUACGUCUUCGCGACAAUCUUUCUAUCUUCUAUUUAACAGAAUACCGCCAGUAUGUCGAGGUUAUCAUUUAUGAAUGUCAGGUCAAGGGUCAGUCUUCUGAUUCUGCUUGGAUAGCACGUCGCCCAGCUAGUUGGAUUUUGCAAAUGGUAGACGAGGCAUCAGCAAAGAAACAUCUAUCACCUCCCUUUUCUGCUAUUCUCGAUUUAGAAGAUUGA